AUGUCUUUCAUUCCUCGAGUAUUGGCCCCCGGUCGUACACGACUAGCUCGAGUUGCUGUCACUGCUCCUCGCUCUCUCUUUUCCUCAUCAGCCGGCUUGUGCUCGCCUUCUAAGAGCUCGUUUAACCCUCACGAUAUCCACAAUGUAACUCACAGCCCGGAUCACAUUCAAUCAAAGUUGCCUGCGAAAGAGCUUUUGCGCAACAACCAUCGCUUUAGCGAAUUUGAUCUUGAGGGCCGCGUAUAUGCUAUCACUGGUGGUGGACGAGGGUUGGGGCUGUCAAUGGCAGAAGCAUUGAUCGAGGCCGGGGCAAAAGUGUAUUGCCUGGACCGCCUCGAGUCCCCACAUCCAGACUUCCUCGUUGCUCAGCAAAAGGCUAAGAGCGACUACGGCUGUAGCUUGGAGUACAUCCGCAUCGAUGUACGCAACAACAUUGAAGUCAACAACACAUUUGCAGCCAUUGCAGCGCAAGAAGAGCGAUUAGACGGUCUAAUCGCCGCAGCUGGGAUCAACCACCUCCAAAGUGCACUGGAGCACUCCCAGCAGGCUUUAGAUGAGGUGAUGUCGAUCAAUUAUACUGGAGUGUUCAAUUCAGCCACCGCCGCUGCACGCCAGAUGUUCAAAUACCAACAGACGGGCUCGAUUCUACUAGUAGCCAGUAUGAGUGGCCUAAUUGCCAACAAGGGCAUGACCUCGCCCGUGUACAAUUCGUCUAAGGCGGCGGUUAUCCAGUUGGGUCGUUCUCUAGCUAUGGAAUGGGGUCGUCAUGGCAUUCGUGUCAACAGCUUGUGCCCCGGGCACAUCAUCACCCCGAUGGUGGAUGAGGUAUUCAGGCAAAAUCCCGCUGCCAGGGCUACUUGGGAAGCGGAGAACAUGCUUGGUCGCUUGGCGAUGCCGGAGGAGUUCCGCGGUACAGCUCUUUUCUGUCUCUCUGAUGCGAGCAGUUUCAUGACGGGAAGUACUCUGCUCAUUGAUGGAGGACACACUGCUUGGUAA